AUGGCGAUUGCUGCGACAGCGCUUUGCGGCAGCAGGGAUACCGAGGAGAAAGCAGCGACUGCCGUCGCCAGCGGAAACGUUGUCUCCUCCAAACCCCUCGGAUUUAUGCAAUAUACGGCGAACUAACUUGUAUGUGUUUGGUUUAUCCCUUCGCCCUGUGGAUGAGAUCGUGUUCGACGUUUUCCAAGCGUGAAUCCCCACCUUAAUGUGGUGGGAUGGCCACAGUGCCGACUGGGCCUAGUAACGCACUGCCUGCAUCCCCGGCUGAAAUUCCUCCUUUCCCCGGGGCUAGGAGCGCGGAGCCGGCGGGGGAAGACGGAGAACCGGUCUGCCACGGGGAGGGCUGUUUACCCGCCGGUACAGGGAAGACGUCAGGGCCGGUAAGCGAAGUGAAAGGGUCGGUGAAGGCGAAGCAGAAAAACAUGCUAGCGCGAGCUAGCCCGGCGCCGCUGCACCUUAAAAUGCAAGCCCGAGAGCAGCAGCAGGUAAACGGCUUGGCGAGCCCCUCCGAGGACGCUAACAGCCACCAACACCCAGGAAACCGACCUGACAAUCCGAGACCGUCCAUGGACAACUGUGACAGCAGCAGCAGCGGCAGCAGUGAGGAGGCUCCGGCCGCUAGAAACAAUAGUGAGCAUUGCCAACACGAAGGCCACAGCCCCUUCUCCAAAAACGGCAGCCUCUCUCCCAUGGUUAACAAUAGCGUGAACGGGAUACCGGGUUUCUCAAGAGCCGACGAGACCCACAGUCACCUCGGGGGCGAAGGGAAAGAGGAGUUCGACCACACGGAGCCGCCGAGGCCGCCGGUCGCUGCGGGGCCCGGCGGGCAGGAGGGCACCGCUGACCCGGAGCAGCCGUUGGCCGCAGAGCUGGCCCGGCUCGACCUGAACAGGUCUCCCGGCCGAGUGGAGGAGGACAGUCACGGCAUCCGAUACGUCCGCUACGAGUCUGAGCUGCAGAUGCCGUGGAUCAUGAGACUGAUCACGAAGGACUUGUCUGAGCCUUAUUCUAUAUACACGUACAGGUACUUCAUCCACAACUGGCCGCAGCUCUGCUUUCUGGCCAUGGUGGAGCAGGAGUGUGUUGGAGCCAUCGUAUGUAAGCUUGACAUGCACAAGAAGAUGUUCCGCCGUGGCUACAUCGCCAUGCUGGCCGUGGAUUCAAAACACAGAAGGAAAAGCAUUGGCACUAAUCUGGUGAAGAAGGCCAUCUAUGCCAUGGUGGAGGGCGACUGUGACGAGGUUGUAUUGGAGACUGAGAUCACCAACAAAUCAGCCCUGAAGCUGUACGAGAACUUGGGUUUUGUCAGAGACAAGCGGCUGUUCAGAUACUACCUGAAUGGAGUGGAUGCGCUGCGGCUCAAACUGUGGCUUCGCUAAAGGAAAGAUGAGGGGACGGGGAUGGAGGGACGGGACAGCAGGUGCUGUUCACCCCCGAAAUGAUCAGCCUGACAGCCUCAGCUCUGCCCUGGUCUUUUCACUCUUUAUAUACACAGACACACACAGUUCAUACGCACACAUACACACAUUCACGACCCUGCGGCGUGUGCACAUAGGUAUGCAUAGACGUGCAGACACAUCCUCUUUUUGUCCUUGACUUCUGAACAACUGUCGUCUAGGCAGAAACGGACUGAAAUCCCACCCGAUGUUUUCAUGAAGGGGCCCCUGAUACUUUCUAUGACGAGGAAGGGGCAAGUGAGGGCGGUCUCUGGGAUGACCUUGAGUAGGGGGACUUCAUGACCGUUUGACCUUCAAGCUCGAAUGCCACAGCGCCCAGAACAGGGAGGGGGGUCGUGAGGCAGCUCAGGUGAAGACGCGUGUCCGACGCAAAGGGGGACGCAGCGCCGCACCAACCACUUCUACAGAACACGGGACAAGACUUAAAGGAAACAUCACCACGUGAAACCAGGACGCAGGGCGCUACAACAGACUGGGAAGAAAAUAAUUGUUGAGUUUAUUUUUGUGUUUCUUUUUUAACCUUGUAAGUUUGACGGGGGAUGGAAAAAGCUAUAGUAUGACUGCGUGUUUGUAUUUUGUCAUGUUUUUUGGGGGGGUGGGGCAGGGGGGUUGGGAGCAGGGUAUUGGCUUUUUGUGUGUGUGGGUGUUUGUGUGCAUGUGUCUGUGGCGUGGUUGGUUUUUCGCUGUGAGCAAAAGAACACGUUUGUGUGACUGUGUGAGCCUAUGUUUGGUUGGAGUUGUGCAUUACCAUUGUGCGUUCUUGUUUCCCAUCCUGUCUCCAUCGCCCGCCUCCAGGACUGAACGCCUGUAAAGAUAUGCAUGCAUUUAUUUUAACGUGAGCGCGGGACUAAGUGUGGAGAGUGUGUGGUGAUCAAACCCAGUCCGAGGCCCACCCCCCCACCCCCCCACGACCCCUUCCUCUGUUUGGUGUAAGCACGUCGGUGCAGAGCAGUUGAUCGAAAAACAAAUCACUCUGUUAGCACCUCAAACGUUCGCCCCCGGCCAGUGGAUCAGCCGCCCCAUACGCUUCAUCGUCCCUCCCCAGGUCUCUCCUCUUCAAACCGUGACGGAGUGUGUGGGUGACGAGCCUAUUUUUUAAUCCUCCUAUUUUUGCAGAUCAGAACUUGUUUUCCCUAAAUGCACUGCCAGCUGCUGCAAAAUUCCCAAAAAGGGGAAAAGUUUGUCUGUUCAAAGCCGUUUCUUGCCAACAAUGGUGCAGUCAAACUUUCCUAGCCGUCUCAGUUUACUCCUUUAUAAUAAUCGUCUGUUUCUCCUCAUUGCAAGUGCCACUCGAUCCAUCAGAACUCUCAGCCCGCUAAGAGGCGACACGCACAGCGGCGUCGGCCCCCGCUGCUCGUCUGCCCUCAGCACCAGACGGGAGGCAAAGUGUUACAUAUGCUGGAUUGCUGUUUGAGUAUGCUGUGUGUGCGUGUGUGUUUAUCUCUUGAUUUAAAGAAAAAAAGGAAACUAGACAAGUAUUCUUAGCAGAUUGUAUUUUAUUCUUUUGUUCGCUUUCAGUUUAUUCGAUAUACGUCUAUACACCUGUAUAACCUCACGCUGCUGUAAGCGGCUGAGACCACAGUGCACUUCCCAGGUGCCCGAACUCGAUGCACAACCAACCUCGCUAACAUUUGAAGAUCUCCCGCCCGGAACCUGUCGUAGAUGCACCCGGACGUUUCAAUCAACACCAAUUAUGACAAAGAGACGUUGCUUCUGCCGCUUGUCGUUAUUUCUUAUUUUAUCUUUCCUUCAAAUGAAAAUGAACAAAGGUCAGAUGCACUUCUUUGGAAAUUGCUGCAGUGUGUGUUUGUGUGUCUGUAUGAAUGUGUCCUGUUAUUUUAACAACGGCGUGGAUCUGGUCUGAUAGACUUUUAUUUCCCAACUUUCAGAGUCACAGGAAAAUCAGAGGCUUUACGGUGCUGUGUUUUGUUCCUCCCUAAUGAGGACACUUGUUUGUAACAGGAAGGAACAAAAGCACUUGUUUUCUUCCUUUCCAGGAUUUGCGUUUUCAUACUAGGUAAGCAGGCAAGAGCGUUGUUCAUAGUUAAGGGGAGAAUAGACCUCAAAUCAUCUUUGCUUUGCCUUGUUUUUUCAAAUUUAAAUUGCAAAACAACUUGCAUCACAGGUUGGUUUAGCAAUUUCAAUUUACAAUCAGCAUUUCAAAUUUAUGCAAUUGGACAGCUGUGUGCUUUUUAACCUGCCUGCUUUAUUCAGAGUAGAAAGCACUCAAAGACACUGCCAUGUAACACAAUAGAAAAAGUCAGGAAUACCAUCGGCUACAAAUAUUGAACAAACAAAUCUCAAGCUUUAGAUGCUUUAAUGAUUUAAAGACAGAUUAGCUUGUCUCUAUCAAUGACACUACAAGACCACGUUCGUGUUUUGGGUUUAUGUCCCCCUUUCAAAUGAGAGAAUUAAUCCCAGGAGCCCAGGACUAGAAGGGAGAGUAGAUGGUUACAGAGUUGCCACCCACGUAACAGCCUGUGUAUCCAAGUUUGUGUGUGCGCAUUUGGAACAAUGGAUCAGAUGACCUAUUUUCUUUUCUUUCUUUCCAGAUUUGUAUUGUAGUGUUGUUCUAUUCAUCGUAUUGAGAGCAUGUUUUUUUCCUUUUUUUUUUGUGUGAAUCACCUGUUUGGGAAAAGGAGACAAUUUGGUUCGAUUUUCCAGAGUUUUAUUUUUAAUUUCUGUGCUACUUAGCCCAUCCAGAGAUGUAACCAGAACGAUGAGCAUACGAGAAUGACGCUUAUCACCUUUGCUGCUCAUCUUACUCCCAUUUUAGUGAUCUCCCUGUUUAAAAUCCUCCUGAUUUAAUUCUGGAGGUUUAAAUAUUAUCGUCCCUGUCAACAGUUGUGUCCCCAUUCUUCUCUGUUCUUUUACAUUUCGGGCCUUGUCUUCUACUACUCUGACUACUCAUGGAGGAACAGGCUGGAUAACACGUGUAUCCAUCCUGUUCUUUCAAAACCAGCUGUCAGCAUGAACAGGUGUUUUAGAUAUUGAAGGAAAGGGUCUUGUUUUAUCCUGUGAAACUCUGGCAGUUCCAUUAGGUAUAAGGGCAUUACAGCCUGCUACAAUGAGCCAAAGGGCUCUGUUUCAGUCAAUGCAGGGCUUCGUCAUCAAGUUUUACCCAACUGACUUGUCUGCAUUUGGAAUCGGUUUUGACUUGACAUGCCAGUUAGUGUUCACAACCCCCCCCCCCCCCAGAUUCCAGACCUCAUCUGGAAUCUGCUGUUCUAUCCAGGUUGCUUAUUCAAACCGUGCCAACCCCACCUCUGUCCGCACCCAAGGCAACAUCUGCCGUUCUACAUUAAUUAGAUUAAAAUCCCCCAGAAACCAGGUUGUUAUUCAGAUAAUAACAUUUGUAUUGGAAGUAUUUCUGCACCACACAACGCUAUAUGGUCCUCGCAACCAACCAGCUGAUAGCAGGGGCUUCCUGCAGUGUUUUCAGGGCGGCAAGCACCACCUACUCCGCCAUCCACCACGCAAAAGGUUUUUUGCAUGUCAGAUUUCUGUUUCCCCCUGUUCCUCUUCCCUGUCCCCUCUCUUUAUUUUGACCUGGAAAUGUCCAAUAGCUUUUAUUUAAUGUGGAAAAAGAACACAGAAAUAAAUUAUUUGAUUUUUUUAAAUGCUGUAAA